CAGCUGCAUCCGGGGCUUCGCCAGCCCCCUCCGCCCGAGGGCGGCGGUGGCGUGAUGGCGACGGAGGGAGAGGCGGAGGCGGAGGCGGACUGGGUGGUGGACAGCCUCGUCGCGUUUCUGCGCGGGCCCGUCUGGUCUGGCCCCGUCCUGGAGUUCAUGGAGCAGAAGUGCGCGGUUUUCGAUGAUGAAGAAGAAAGCAAAUUGUCUUAUACAGAUAUUCAUCAGGAGUACAAAAUUCUGGUUGAGAAACUGCUAGCUGGUUAUCUUAAAGAAGUUGGAAUUAAUGAAGAAAAAUUUCAAGAAGCAUGUUCAUCUCCUCUUGCAAAAUCACAUACUUCACAGGUCAUUUUGCAACCUGUACUGGCAGCAGAAGAUUUUAGACUAUUCAAAGAAAUGAUGGUACAAAAAAAUAUUGAAAUGCAGUUGCAAGCCAUUCGAGUCAUUAAAGAGAGAAAUGGUGUGCUACCUGGCUGUUUGACAGAUGGCUCUGAUGUAUUUACUGAAAUUGAACAGCAAGAAAUGCAAAUACUGAGGGAAGUUUUAAGGAGGUCUAAGGAAGAAUAUGAAAUAGAGCAAGAUAAGAAAAGGACUAAAGAGUCCAAGGAACAUGAUAAACCGAAGUCAGCAGAUGUUACAUACAACCGUCCAGGAUAUUCAAGUGAAGCUGCAAAAGUUAAGGAAUCCCUUGAAAAUGUCGAGAGAGUCGAUGACUUUGAAGAAAUUGCAAAAUUAUCAUUAGAAGAAACACAGAAAUCUACUAGGGAAAAAUUAAGGCCAGUGCAGCGUCCGAUAAGAGAGCCAGAACCCCCUCCAGAGCUUGCCACAACCAAAGUGAAAGAAGAGACUAAGAAAAAGGCAACUGGAAGUUGUUCAGAAAAUGUAACAGGAGAAGCUGGGACUGAAGGACGUAAUUUAUCAGAGCUUGGAGUACAUGAGCUCAAACAACGAGAAGAUUACCUGAAGCAGAAGAGGGAUGUACUGAUGGCUAUGAAGAAGGAGUCAAGAAGUAAUGUACAGUCACCAUCAAAUACAGAUCAGAAAGAAGAGGCAUUAUCUCCUAAAGAGGAAAUGUCAGAAGAGGAGAAGCAAAGACUGCUGCUAAAGAGGAGAAUGCUCGCAGCAAAACUUAAAGAAGAAGUUAUUAAUAAGCGGUAGUUCAAGGAAUUUCAGGCCAUAGGAAAAGAACAGAAUUUCAUCUAGAAUAAAUUAUUUAACCAACAACUUGAUGUGCUUGCUUUCAAACAUAUUAUUUUUAUAUAUGCAUUUUACAGAACAUGAGCAACUCAAUUCUUCAUAUACAUAAAAACAAUGAUGGAGCUGAAACUGGAUUUAAAACUCAUUUACCAUGCAGGCUAAGAUUUCUGAAAACUCAGUUUCACAAAGAUCAGCUGAAUCUGCUGGAUGCUGAACCCUAACAAGGUGAGGACCUCAGUAAGGACUCAGGAUCCAAAAUUUAGGCACCUGUUUUUUAAAGCCGUGGCCAUAGCCACUUAAUAAUAUGUAGAACAACAAUGGAUUUUAAAUCAUUCAAACACUUGUUAAAGCUAGAGAUAAAACACUUCCAUCUCAAAAUGUAUUAGAAAUGUUUACAACAUGGAGAAUAUUAUCUGAAAACUUCUUAAAACCAGAACUUUUUCCUUUUAUUAGAAUCUGUCAUUAUAGCAAAUAAUUAUGUUCAGUUGUCAAAUAAAGUUUAAUUAGCUAACAAGGAAAUACUGCUUGAUAAUCUUAUGUUUAAGACACAGAAAAUGCAACUGAAACCUUUUAAGUCAGGAGACACAGGCAAUUUCCAUGUUAAUUGUAGGCUCCUUUAUUUAUAAACUUCCCUGGCCUUUUUUCAGUAACCCGUGAUGUUUUCUGCACAAAACAUGCGUACCUUUUCAGUUUGACACGUUGCUUUGUUUGGUCUCAUCCCAGAAUUCAAGAUCUUGAAAUCAGUGUUACCAUUUCAUUUACCAUAAAUGCUGCUUAGACUAGUCAUCUCAGAGGAAAAGAACUGCCCCCCAUCUCUCCCCUGCAAGACCUGUAUCUGCAAGCUUUUAUCUAGAGCAGUAAGUGAAUAAAAGCCAACCCAGCCAAUCCAAAUUUCAUGUAACUUUUUAUUAAAAUAGCAUUUAUAACUGAUACAUGUUGGCAGAUGUAAUAUUAAAAAAAAUCUGCAGUGGAGGGGCCCCAGGCAUUAGAAUGUGGGCUGUACCAUAGCAGAAUCCAUACAGGAUGUGGUAUAUCAGGGAGAAGAAUCUUGGUUUGCCUGAGGCAGGUGAUCCUGGAGAUUAGCUAGCCAGAGGGAACACAAUGUGUCACCCAUAAAAAGGGUUUUAAAAAGUUUGAUAAAAAUAUCCAAAGCCUUAAGAUAACAUCAAAUGUCUUUUCCUAUAGUUUUAUUCUAGAGCAACUAGAAAAAUCCAUGACAUUCACAUACUGUAAAAAAAAGCUCAAAAGCUGGUCUGAAUGUAUCCUUAAAGCUCCAGACAAGUUUUCAGAAAGAAAAUUAGAGGAAAAACAAUGAAAGCACAUUUUGGGGUAAUCCAUCUUUCUUUCUUUUUAAAAAAAACAAAACCAAAACCCUGAUAAACUAAUGUUACAGAUCAGGUGAUGAUUGAUGCGUUUUGAGCCUCUGAAGGGGAAAGGCACAUACUGCAUGACUUUUGAGCUUCUUCAUUAAAGCUAAGUAUAGAUUUAUAGGAAUCUGUUAUCUUUAAGGGGGGGAGAAAGGGAGACUGGUCACAAAAAACCACAACCCUGAAGUGGAGAUCAGGGAAGGGAGCAACUAGUUACAACACUGCAAUUUUGGUUGAACCAGCCAAGGAUUGACUUCCUCGCUGCCUUAGCUUUUAAGGUCUCUUAUUUCAGAUGGAUAGGAGGGGGAGCCCCAUUCUUGGUUGCCUGGAGCCCACAAGGGGCAACAAUGUAUUUCCCCCAGGUCCACGCACAUUAACUGUCACCCAUCAGAAUGCUUUGUGUCCAGCUUGUGGGUGCUCAGAACUCACACAUUCUGUCUGGUAGUUGAACUAGUGGUAUAUACUGACUGUUUAAAAACUGCAUGUCUCAUUACAGUAUACUCUAAAAUGGUCACCUUUCAAAAUUAGGAUUUGACUUACCAUGUACAACAAACCAAACAAAAGCAAUAAUUAUGGAAUUACAGGGUCACAUUUUAAUUCCUGAAUUUUACAGUUCAGCAUUAAUAUCACCACAUGUAUACAAAUGGUGUAAAACAAGUACAGUGGUAUUUUUAAUACAAAAUAAACUUCUGUUUUAUGGAAAAAACUAUACUUCAUAUCUACACAGACAGCCCAUCUUUUCCAAACAAUAGCUAAAAUUAAAAUUAACUACAAAAAUCUCCAAAACAGGGGAACUGCUUCAGUUUAAACUAUUCCAGGAGAAAUGGACCCAUAACACGUAUUACAAGAGUGAACUAUGUGGUGGUUUCCAGCUGUUUUCAUAUUUUAACAUCUCUGAUACAUUAAUUGUAAUUUGGGAAAUUUCUUCUCACUUCAUGAUCUCAGAUCAUAUAUGGGCACACUAACAUUAAAAUAUUUACAGUUCACUGAUGCUCUGAAAAUAAAACCUCAAAUUGUUUGCCUCCAUCAAUUGACCUAUUCUGUUGCAAUUUGCUUACAUACAUGGAAUGUGCUUCUUACUUUAAAAAAAAAAAA